AUUGUUUUCAAGUUGUUCACUAAAGAAAGUUGCUGGGUACCAAGAGUUUGUCUUUUUUUAGAUUUCCCAAAACAAUCUGUCACUCACAAAAGAUGAGCGUGGAGGCAAGCUAGUAUAGUAGCAGUGGACAGUAGCGACAACGUAGUCGUAACCCUCCUCCCUCCCGACGGCAGUGUUUAACUGCUAGUGCUAGGUGUACUCGGCGGAUACACAAAGUGAGAAGACUGGUCUUUGACAAUUACCAAAGGUGUCCAGUGAUGUCUAUAAAGUGUCUACUGCGCAUAGAUAAUUUGGGUACACAUACAGUGUAGCUUAUUUUGCCCGGCAUGUCUUCAGUCUUUUUGCCAGUUGGACAGUGUGGUAACCAGAUUGUCAAAGAGUUUUACAAAACUGUCAGUCAUCUGCAAAGUCAGAGACCUACCUUUGCAAGUGAAGAUGGAAAGUGGAGAUGUAUCAAUAUUGAUAGUGAAGCAAAGGUCGUAAAUAACUUCUAUCAAACCAAUAAAAGAUGUUUACGGGAGUCCAAUGUUAUUACUGGAAAACAUGGAAGAGGAACAAACUGGGCUAUGGGUUACCAUGGCUAUGGAGAUCGUGAAAGUGAGAUGAUGACACAAACAAUUGAGGCUCUGCGAAGGGAAGUGGAACUCUGUGAUUGCUAUUGUGGUGCUGUCAUGGUCCACAGUUUAAGUGGCGGGACAGGAUCAGGAUUAGGUUCGUCUCUGUAUGAGAAAAUAAGAGACGAGUAUCCCAUGACUUAUAUUCUGUCGGUAGCUGUUGGUCCUCAUGCUUCAGGAGAAAGUCCUCUUCAGCAUUACAACUCACUGCUAUCUUUGACUUGGAUGCAGAAGUUUUCAGAUGGAACUCUUCUCUUUCAAAAUGAUGAAGUAUUACAACGAAUGAUUGCCAUUAAAAAUUCUAAAGAUGUAUCUUUUGGGAAGAUGAACGGUUACAUUAGUGAUUGCCUUGCCGGACUGCUUCUGCCUCUCGGGAAUAAUUCACAACGGAAGAAGGAAAACAGUGUUGUAAUUUUGCCUGGAAGUGAACCAUGGGAGAUACUACGGUCCAUUUUUCCAAUGCCAGCCUAUAAGUUUGCACAUACCAGCUGUUUCAAGAAAAGAUAUCCUUCUUGGAGCACAGUUGCAAGUGGUUUAGUCAACUCACUCAAGAGACAUGAUCAGCAUGGAAACUUGUUCUCAUCAUUGGCUUGCUUAGCUGUGAUACGAGGUAAUGCAAGUAAUACUUUUCCACAUACUCUUCAAGCAGUAGAAAACCAGCUGAAGGUUGCCUACAACUGCGUCAAAUGGAAUCCAUUUCCGGUAGAUUUUUGGACAGGGACAGAAAACCCCAAUGGUCCUGCAGCAGAUGAAAAUUCUCUGACUGUAUGUACCAACAGCAGCAGCUUUUCUCAGUUUGCCCAGAAUGUAUUGUCUAAAGCAAAAGUGAUGUUUGGUGCGAAAGCAUAUCUACACUGGUACCAACGAUGGGGUUGUGAUGAGAGCUUGUUUUUGGAGUCGUUCGAAAACAUGAGUAAUGUUAUUGAAGAUUAUUCAGCAGCAUCACUGCAGCUUUACCACAGUUAAGUACGCUGCAGCACUUUAUUAUGCAAGAUGUAAGAUGAUUGGUAAUUAACUAGGGAAAGCAAAGCAGUGUGCGGUCCCGGUCUUCACUUCGUGGUAAUGACCAGAACAGACGUUAUCUUUACUUAGAAGUUGCACUGUUUUCAAGGAAACAUGUAUGCAAUGUGUUUGAGCAUACAUACUACAUGUACUUCUGUCCUUUCUUCUAAUUGGUAGCAUGGAGAUCAGUGACAAAACAAAAAAAGAAGUAAAAGUUCUCCAUUGGGGAAUUCUAAAGACUGGGGUGCUCCACAUGAAUUGUUUGUGUAAAACGUCUCUGGAAAAUAUUUAAGUGCAUGGACACAGGAAA